AUGAACGCUGCACAGCGACGAAUCCUACGUGAUUUCAAGAAAAUUCAGAAUGACAAAACAAAAAAUUAUGUUGUGACACCAGAUCCACAGAAUAUUUAUCACUGGGAUGCAGUUCUUUUCGGACCUGAAGAUACAGUUUGGGAAGGAGCUAACUUCAGGAUGCAAUUUGACUUUUCUGAAGAUUACCCGCAUACAUGUCCCGAAGUAAAGUUUGUUGAUAUUCCGUUUCAUCCAAAUAUUUAUCAAAACGGAUCAAUUUGUAUCGAUAUUUUACAGCAAAACUGGUCUAAUGCAUAUGAUGCUGCAGCUAUUAUGACAUCUAUUAUAUCCCUUUUGGUAUUACCAAAUCCUCAUUCACCUGCAAAUAAUGAAGCUGGUGAAUUAUACGUAAAAAAUACUAACGAGUACAAUAGGAGAGUGAAAUUAUCAUUCCCAAAUUACAAUAAGUAA